UGACUUCACAUGAAGUAGUAUGCAGAGAGAGCAGAGCAGAGAAUACACUCGCUGCUAAUAACCAGAUAGCCUAUUGUAUUGGAGCUGAGCGCACCGUCAAUGAGUUCGGGACAGUUCGGUUCAUUUGAUUAUUUUUCCUAUUUUGAAAACCAUUCUACCAAACAAACGUUUUGGCAAAGAAGACUGGAUUUUACGCGAAACCUUGCAUGUGAAAAGAAGCUGAAAAUCACAAUUGAAUGAGAGGAGAAUGGGUCAUAUUUAAGCUGAUUAAUAGUUCGGGCAAUGCGUUACCGUUAUUAUUUUCAUUCCCUGACAGCUUUAACUGUUGAUGACACCAGCCUCAGAUAUUUUAUUUUUCAACUUUCUACUCUGACAAAUGAUGACGACUGGUGGUGAGGCGAGCUGAAUUGGGAAACUGUGGACAAGGACCUCCGGCGCCAGUUUGACUCAAUCACACUUUUACUGGACAAAUGGUUCUUCCUCAUUUUUAGGGAGUGGUUCACCAAGGUAACCGACUUUCACUGACACCACAGGACGCAUGAUGUGUCCAAAACAAAGUCCAUAUUAUGCUCAGUAAAGCAGUCUCCAAAAGGACUGCACAACCUUAGUGCAAUGAUAUCUAGGGCAAUAUCCUCCUAGGACGGAUCGAAUAAGACAGAACGCCAUGCGUAAACAAGAGUUCCAGUGGCUCCCCGAAUUCCAUAAAGGAAUACUAGAACGUCUCCAUCCUGUCUUUCUAAAGUACUAACAGAACCAGACAACCGGGCCGCCAGGCAACCGACAGGAUGCCGUCUGGUCUGCCGCCUGCCCAAGCCCUCUACAUCGGGAUGGAGGUGAUUAUCGCCGUGUCCUCUGUGAUCGGGAACGUGAUGGUGGUCUGGGCGGUACGGAUAAACCGUUCUCUGCGGGACACCACCUUCUGUUUCAUAGUGUCUCUGGCUUUGGCGGAUAUUGCGGUGGGGGCUUUGGUCAUCCCGUUGGCCAUCACCAUCAGCAUCGGGCUCAAAACGCACUUCUACAGCUGCCUGCUGGUCGCAUGCACCGUGCUGGUGCUCACGCAGAGUUCCAUCCUCGCCCUGCUGGCCAUCGCUAUCGACCGUUACCUGAGAGUCAAAAUACCCAUGAGCUACAAGCGCGUGGUGACUCCGCGGCGCGCGGGUACGGCGGUAGUGGUGUGUUGGAUGGUUGCCAUCGUGGUCGGCUUGACGCCCAUGCUGGGCUGGAACAACCUGCAGCGUCUCCGUGACAACGGAUCCCUGGUGACCCCUGACCUCUUAGUGACGUGUCAGUUUGAGACCGUCAUCAGCAUGGACUACAUGGUUUACUUCAACUUCUUCGGCUGGGUGCUGCCGCCCCUCAUCCUCAUGCUGCUCAUCUAUGCUGAGAUCUUUUACAUGAUACACCGGCAGCUCAACAAGAAGGUGACGGCGAGCCACACGGACCCAAGCCGUUACUAUGGGAAGGAACUUAAACUAGCCAAGUCCCUGGCCCUGGUCCUCUUCCUGUUUGCCAUCAGCUGGCUUCCUCUACACAUCCUCAACUGUAUCACGCUGUUCUGUCCGGACUGUAAAAAGCCCAUAUUCCUUAUCUACAUCGCCAUCCUGCUCACGCACGGCAACUCUGCCGUCAACCCAAUCGUCUACGCAUUCCGCAUCAAGAAAUUCCGGAAUGCGUUCCGUAAGAUCUGGGAGCAGUAUGUGCUGUGUAGGGACCCGGUGGGCAAGCUGCCCCAGAGAGGAAGUCAGAGGGGCCAGAGUGGAGUGGAGAGGAGGCUGAGGGCGAAUGAUGACGACGAUGACGUCUGAUCUGGUGAUGAAGAGGUCGGGAUGUGAAGAGACUGGAUUAUCAGUUCAGACGGAUGUACAUGAGAACGGUUUCUAUGUUGAUUUGCCUGCUGGUUAGAGAAAGAUGUGGAGUUGGCGGGAGGGACCCUAAACCUCAGUUUGACCCCACACAGUGAGGGCGUUCUUGAAAGGAAUGUUACAGACUGAGUGUUGAAAUGUUACCUCACACAAAGUGGACUGGAUUGGCUGAACUAUCCACCGGUGACUAGGUUCUGACACCAUUGGUUAUCUGAUCUCUCUUCAUUCUACAAUGCAGCAGAAUGUCCUCACUCCUAUAUGACAUUAUCUGACCUGACGUAAAACAAUGCAACUAAACAGAACAAUAGUGUCAUCAGGUCCCCAUGGUGAUUAGGAUUCGGAAUUAAAAGGAAUGGCGGAACUACUAACAAUGACUAACCAUCUCCUAUUGGCUUAGGGAACAAUCGUGUCAUAUGGGCCAAAGGGCUUCCAGAAGGUACCGAUAAAAACUUUUUGAACUCAAUCACUAAGUGUUCGUUAGUAGCACAUAAUGAACACUGCGCUACUUUUAAACAUGACCCACAUAGUCUCUGGUCAAAAGUAGUGCACUAUUAGGGUGCCACUUUAGAUGCACCCUAUGACUACAGUAUCAGUGUCAGAUGGUUGGAGGGCAGGGCUUCUCCAUCUGUGAACUUUGAACUGAACUAAAAACACAUGGCCUUUCUAUACGGACAACCUCACAUGAUCGCAAAGCUAAAUCUCUCUCUCAUUCUGUAUAAGGAAGAGAAAAAGCUCAUUCCUCCGAUACUGAAAUGUUAUAUUCCAUAACCUUACACACCACAGGGCACUGUGUGUCAGAAGCCGAGCCAUAUAGGCCUACUUUAUAUACAUAUACAGCUCUGGACAGAAGGACAAAGAGAGGGUUGUUUUGAAAUUAAGAACUCAUUUCCAAAAAUGCGAUAUCCACCAAUUUUUCACAGUUGUGUUUUUUCAUCUGAAAUUAUUGCUUAUGGGUACCUACCUUCAUGUGACUGUGUGUGUUUGUGUGUGUGUGUGUGUGUGUCUGUGUGUGUUUGUGUGUGUGUGUAACAUCAUAUUUUUAAUUCAUAGAUUUUAGAUGUGAAUUAAAUUGUGUGUUUUUUUUCAAAACACUAUAUAUCCAUUGUUUAGCUGGAAUGGAAUGUUUGUAUCCUGUAUAUUUGACUGUGACAUGUGGUUGUCUCGCCUAAUUAGCUUAAUAUGAAUCGACUAACUGUAAAUCACUCUGGAGCAUCUGCAAAAUAAUUAAAAUAUCUCAUGUAAAUGUUUUACAUACAGAUCUCAUAUUACUGUAUGAAUUAUAAAAAUGUAUAAUUUGUAUAGUGCUUUAUUAAAAAUGUAGUUAUUAGUUACAUUAGACUGUGUAAAACCUAUCAGUACCACUUAUUUCUCUGAGAGAUUAGUGAGAAAAAAGUGAGAGAAAAAAACUCUCCCUUUCAUAAGUAAUUUAAUCAAUAAAAGACAAUUGACCAACAUUUCUGAAAACAGAUAUAUAGUGUUUUGAGGCAUUUUGCAAAAAAAGUGUAUAUUUUUGUCUCAACCGUGAUUAGUGAGAAAAAAGUGAGAAAAAAAACUCUCUCCCUUUCAUAAGUAAUUUAAACAAUAAAAGACAAUUGACCAACAUUUCUGA